AUGCAGCGAUACCCGUCCGAGAAUUGUGAAGCACCUCUUUUACAUCCGGAUGGAUGUAAUGAGGAAUGCCCUUCUUUUGUUUUGCAGCAGGAUCGCGGACAUGUUGACAGUAAGAGUACUGGCGAGAGAGAUGUCUUUUGUGACUCCAUUGCAGAGGAUACACCCUUCUUGCGGGAGUGGAAUCCAUCCCUGCCCCCGGAAUUGUCCGUGGUUCAAUAUCUCCCAAAAAGUCUGAGGAAUGUCGAGAAAGCGGCACCACCUGCUUGCGUUGCAUCUAUUGUGUGUGUCAUUGAAGGCACGUUUAUGCAGCUUUUGUUGUUGUUGUUGUUUAUUUUUCAUUGUGCCAUUACAUUCUAUGGGUAUUUUGCCAAUGUUGGGGAGACGAUAAUUAUCAGCUUUGUCGUUGUGUUUAUUUUCAAUGCAGAGCAUGCCUUAAUGAUCCUUAACGAAGGCAAAAAUCAUUUUGGACCGCCGCCAUUUCGAAUUGUCAUCCUUAUUACAGAAUGUUUUUUACUUUUGGCUCUCGCGUUGGAGCUAUUUGCAUUAAUAGUGUGGUGUGUGACUGCGAAGACGUUUGCGAAUCUCAUUGGUCUUCCGGUUGCCGUAAUGACGUUUUACCCACGGUGUCGACGGUUGCAAUUGGCAUUCCGUCGACGUGUCUCAUCGGAACGCCGCCGAUAUCGAGAAAAUGGCUUUGAUCUUGACCUGUCAAUUGUGCAUUCCACGGUGCUGGCGAUGUCGUGGCCAGCAGAAAACUUUGAACGUUGUUUUCGCAAUCCUGCUGAGGAAGUGGAGGCUCUGCUUGACAUGAUGUACGGCCCUCAUGCAUAUCUUGUGGUGAACCUCUGCUCAGAGCGGGGGUAUAAGAACCCCGGAUUAUUUCAUGGUAACUUCCUGCGCUACAUUAUGGAUGAUCAUAAUCCGGCGGAAUUAGACGAAAUGUUGUCGUUCGUCCGGAAAGCUGGAGGGUUUGUGCGCAAGGACCCUGAACAUCGGGCUGUUGUGGUGCACUGCAAGGGAGGUAAAGGACGCACUGGGACAAUGAUUUGUGCAUAUCUUAUGUACAGUGGUCUUCAGCCAACCGCAGGUAGAGCCUUGGAGCACUUUAGGGCGAUGCGUACGGCCCCUGGUGAAAGGUUUCAGGGUGUCCAGACGCCUUCACAGGAACGUUAUGUUCGCUACUUUGAAAAACUGUUGGCUUCAAUGAGGCCACCGUUUGCUUUAAAGAAGAACGUGCAUCCAAGAAGGAUCACACAUAUGGAGUUGCGUAACAUUCCGUUUCUCUGGUGGGAAGGGGGUAUCGGCAAACUCUGGUUUGUGGUGAUUUUAAAACCGUCUACGGAGAGACAUGUCAUCUACAUCUCCAACCCGACUGUUUCUUUUAACCCACACCCACCGGACGAUUCGGUGAUGCGUGUACGGUCCAGUUUGCAUGACAUCUGCGUGCCGACAGAGGAUUCUCUGUAUAGAGACUCCCAGGAAGUCAACUUGUCGACACCCAUUUCCCCGUGCCACGAUACCUUUUUUGUAAGCGUGUGUAAUCAGCGUAUUGAGUCCGCUACAUUUGAUAGAGAGUAUAGCGCUUCAGUAUUGAGGGAAAAGAAGGAGUUGAAGGUGACACUGGAGGCACGCCAGCUACAGAGUAUUUCGCCAGUCGUUGAUGAUGUAGUCGUCAAAUUCUACUAUGCGCAAAGGAGUCCUAACCCUCUUGCUCCUCCCAUGCAAUUUUGGUUUCACACAGCCAUGGAAGGGAAUGAAAUUCACCUCAGCAAGUUACAGUUGGACGGACCUCAUAGAGACGCAAAAGGAACGUGCUACCCGAAUGACUUUUCGGUUAUGUUACGGUUUAAGAACGUAGUGGAUAAGGAUUAG